AUGAAUUUAAGUAUUUUAUCCAAAUAUUCUCAAUCACCAUAUAUGAUCAUUGGUCUUGAUUUACUAAACGAAUUAUCAGGUGAUGAAAAUUUGAUGGUAAUAAACCAAAUAUUUAAAAAUAUUAACGAUAUCGAAGAUUUUAUUGUGAAACAUACGAAUAAUGAAAAAUUUGUGAUAAUUAUUUCUGGAAAUUUAUCAUCUGAUCAACUAAAUCAUCUGAAAAGCUAUUCACAAAUAGAUUCUAUUUAUCUAUUUUCUAAAUCAAAUGAUGCUAAUGAACAAUUAAAAUGUAUCUAUACAAAACCAACAAAUAGAUAUUGUUUAAAUAUAUUACUUAAAUUACUUAAAAAAUUUUGGUUUAUUUUUGGUUUAGCAAUUGCUAUGAUUUUCGCUGCCUUGUUUCCUUAUUUAGGUGCAUCAGGUGGAAUACUUCAUACCGAAUAUUCACUUAAAUGGGGAUGUGUUAUAAUAAUUUUUUUUCUUAGUGGUCUAUCCUUACAGACAAACGAAAUAGCUACUGAAAUAUUUCAUUUUCGUUUACAUAUAUUUACACAAGUAUUUAAUCUUGUUUUUAUUCCAUUGGUUGUCUUUGUAGUUUGUUUAUUACUCAUUAAAUUAUCAUUUAAUAAAAUAUUAAUCGGUGGUAUUAUAAUGAUGGCUUGUACUACUACAACUAUCUCAAGCAAUGUCAUCAUGACAAAAAAUGCGGGUGGCAACGAACCAGCGGCAUUGGUAAAUGCAAUAUUAGGCAAUAUCCUGGGUGUAUUCGUAUCGCCAGCUCUUAUCUGGUUGUUUAUGUUAAAUUCUAAUUUAAAUAUUUUACAACAUGAAUAUAAUAUCCAUGAUUAUUUACACGUAUUGUUCAAUUUAGGUUUAACAGUGAUAGUUCCUCUUAUCAUCGGUCAAAUAAUCUAUACUAUUUGGACAGAAAAAAUAUUAUGGGCAAAAACAAAAUUUCAUUUUCCUGAAUUAAAUAGUCUGGCAUUAUUAAUUCUACUUUGGUCAAUUUUUUGUGAUUUAUUUCAAAGUGGAUUAUUAAAUCAAAUCAAAACAAGGGAUCUUAUCAUUGUCAUAGCUCUUAACGCAACAUUCUACAUAACAUUUUCAUUAUUAGCAAUGUUUUUUGCUAGAUUACCUAAUAUUUUCAUUUGUGGACAACGUACAAUUAGUAGCGAUAAACAGCCAUUGUUAUUAGAAUCUGAAGACAAACAAAAGACAUUAAUUGAACGUUGGCGAUUCUCACGAGAAGAUACUAUAGCUAUUAUGUUUUGUGCAGCAACGAAAACAGUCGCGAAAGGUGUUCCAUUGAUAAGUGCUGUUAAUUCAGCUAAUAAUCAAGGUCUUGCUGGAUUAUUUUCUCUACCAUUGAUUCUUUAUCAUGUUGAACAAUUGAUUUUAGGUGCCAUCGAAGUUAAUUUAUUACAAUAUUGGCUCAAAUCUAAAUAG